GCGAGAAAGAAGAUUUACUGUGGGGAAAUUAGGAGGGAGCAAAGCAAACCCAAUCAAAUCAUCGUGGAAGAUAAUUGUGAGUGAAUUGUAAUUAAUUCUCAACGAACACGAAAUGGUUUAAGAAGUUAUCGGAUUAGAAGAAGAUUGAUAGAUGGGGAAUUUGUUCGUGAAGAAGCCUAAGAUCACGGAGGUUGAUCGAGCGAUUCUUUCUCUCAAGACCCAGAGACGCAAGCUUGCUCAGUACCAACAACAGCUCGAAGCUGUAAUCGAAGCCGAAAAGCAAGCCGCAAGGGAUUUGAUUCGUGACAAGAAAAAGGAAAGAGCUUUGUUAGCGUUAAAGAAGAAGAAGGCACAGGAAGAAUUGUUGAAGCAAGUUGAUACCUGGGUUAUUAAUGUUGAGCAACAAUUGCAAGAUAUCGAACUGACAAGCAAGCAGAAAGCGGUAUUCGAGAGUUUGAAGGCUGGUAAUAAUGCGAUUAAAGCGUUACAAAGUGAGAUCAAUCUCGAGGACGUGCAAAAGCUAAUGGAUGAUACUGAUGAAGCUAAAGCAUACCAAGAUGAAAUUAAUGGAAUCUUGGGCGAGAAAUUAUCAGCGGAAGAUGAAGAGGAUAUUUUAGCAGAAUUAGAGAACUUGGAAGCUCAGAUCACCGUUCAAGAUCUGCCUACAGCUCCUGCUUCAGUGCUUCCUCAAGAAAAUGAGAAGUUGGACCUUCCUGAUGUACCAACCAAAGUACCAGUUGCACCUGAUGUGGUUACGACUGAUGAAGUUUCCACCAAGACAAAAGUGAUGGAGGAACCGUUGGUGGCUUGAUUGGAUUGAACAGUUGAAUUAGGUUGCCGUCUGGUCAAACUGUUUUCAAACGUCAAUCGAUCCUCCUCCCUUCCGCAACGAUUCAUGUACCAGUAAAAAUUAUGUAGUUGGGAUAACUUUGAUUGUGCUCGUUCUUGAUUACCCGAAUUGGUUUGUACAAAUAUGUGUUUUUCAGGACCCAGUCCAAACAGAGCAUUGGUCCAACGUGUAUUAUAUUUUGCCUCCCCCUGACCGACGUCGGUCUUUCUUCAUUGAACAAACAAUGGGAAACAAGAAUGUGAAUACUCUGGGAUGAAACUUGUUUGUUAAUUGUGCUGCCCAUGGCAAAUUAUUUCA